GGGGGACACCACCAGGUGGCCUCAGUCUGCUCCCGCCCGCCUCUCUGGCUGGGGCCCUGCCCAGCGCGGCACCCUGGAGACACCUCCACCUUGCUCCGACUCAGCCUCCCAGGCAGCUCCUACGCUUGCAUCUUCUCCAGGGAAGGUCUCGCCUCCAGCCCGGAGCAGUCAGGAUUACAGAUUUCCCUAGGUCAGGCUGGCCUGACCACCUGGCCCCUGGGGCCCCAUGUCUGUUCCAGACAAAAGAGACUGGGCAGCCUGGCAAGCGCCCUCCCAGAGAGACCAGCCUGCAGCACCAGGGCAUGAAGGCCCCAGAGCAGAGUCCGGCUCCGUGCGCACCAUGACCGAGGUCGGCUGGUGGAAGCUGACGUUCCUCCGGAAAAAGAAAUCCACCCCCAAGGUGCUGUAUGAGAUUCCAGACUCCUAUGCCCAGACCGAGGGGGGUGCUGAGCCCCCGCGGCCCGAGGGCGGGGGAGGCCCCCCGCCCAGCGACUACAGCGCCCGCCUGGAGAAGAUCGUGGACAGGAGCACCAAGGGCAAGCAUGUCAAAGUCUCCAACUCCGGCCGCUUCAAGGAGAAGAAGAAAGUUCGGGCCUCGCUGGCCGAGAACCCCACCCUCUUUGAUGACAGGGAGGGGAAAGGACAGUGAAGGGGGCCACGGAGGGGGCUAGUGCCCACCCCAUCCCCCCCGCCACUCCGACACCGGCCAGCCCUGGGGCAGGAGCAGGCCGUGCGGGUCUGGGGCAGCUUCGUCCGCUUAUUGAUGUGCCGGGCAGUGUCAGCGCCCACCCACCCUCUCCCGGUCACAGGAAGCACCCGCUGCCGGACAGAAGUGUCCAUGCUGGAAAGCCGGGGGGCCCUGGGGGCCUGCAGGCAGCAGCAGUUCAAAGAGUGGAGAGAGGAGUUGGGGCUCCUUGGGCCCGGGGUCAAGGGUGAGUGUGGCCCCUGGACCGAGGCUGAGGAAGACACAUUUGCCUGAAGCCAUGUGAUGGGAGGCUGGUUUCCUCUGAGCCAGAGGCUGAAGCAAGGCACCGGGGUUGAUCACCCUCCACACACCGGGCUAAACUUCCUGGAAGGCUGCCACCAGGGGAGGGGGGCCUGGCACCCUGUGAGGCUCAAAGCUCGCUGCCCCCCACCCCCCCAAGUUCCUGCUUUGGCUACCACUCGUAUGGGUGCCAAGCCACCUGCCCCCAGAGCAAGUCCACAUGGAUCCAGGGAUCCUUGGGGGGUGGGGCGAGCAUGGGGAGCGCUCAGAGACGCUGGCUUUCUCCUCUGAGACCCCAAGCAGCCCCAGAGACAGUCCUGGAGCCCAGAAUUUGGCCUUAAAAAAAGAAUUCUAGGUUCUCUUUGUAAUAAACAAUGCUGCAACCGCG